CCUUGCCACCGUCGAUGAGUGCGGUGAUUACUCGGUUCGGAAUCCAGUGGGGAAAAGUUCUAAAAGUACCAAAAGGAGGUCUGGGAAUCAGGAGUGGGAGAGUCGAAGGAGACGACGACGGGGAGGGUCGGAGAGGACGACUGGCAGCAGCAAAGCACAGGAAUAAGAGACGGCGGACAAAGGGAAUGUGAUGGCAUUGAGUGUGCGGGAGCCUCGGCUGUAGCUCGCAAGAGCUGCCCAUCAAUCUUCCUCGAUAGCCUCGCUGGAUGUUGCCCUGGGGUGAUUGUCAUCUUGGAGGUUGUUUCUUGGGUCGUUGAAGAAACCCUCAGGGAUCGGGAGAGGCUGCUCAUUUGGGGAGGAAUUUUGCUGGAAUUUGCAGCGAUUUGGGAAGGAGAGGAGGAGGAGGAGGAGGAGGAGGAAGAAGAAGAAGAAGAAGAAGAGAUAUGCAGAGUUUGUACGCUGCCUCGACGGCCACCACGCUCGCGUGGUAUGGCAGGAGCAAUGUGAGGGUGAGCGGGUUGAGGGCGAGUACGUCGUCCUCGUCUGCGUGUGCGACGGCCAUGGCGGGGAUGGGUGCGUUGCGAUCUCAAGGGGGUGUGAGCGGGCUGAGCUCCGUGGAGACUCGCCGGAGCGGAAUGUUGCAUGAGAUGGCGGGUUUGGGAAUGCCUCGGUUGUUCCCUGCUGUGGGAUUGAGGAGAAGGCGUGAGGAAGUGGGUGUGAAGGGUGAACAAGGGCCGCUGGGGUUGGGGUCUGGCGUGCGUCUGCCCGUACGCGCACAAGCGGCUGCGGGAGGCGCGGCGCUGCCGAGUCAACCGGCGAAUAAGAUCCUCGGAAUUGAGGCAACCACAUUUAAGAAAGUGAUUCCGUUGGGGUUGAUGUUCUUCUGCAUCCUCUUCAAUUACACCAUUUUGCGAGACACGAAGGAUGUGCUGGUGGUGACUGCGAAAGGAAGCAGUGCUGAGAUUAUCCCUUUCUUGAAGACGUGGGUGAAUCUUCCCAUGGCUAUCGGAUUUAUGGUUAUCUACACGAAGCUGUCGAAUGUUCUCUCCAAGGAGAACUUGUUCUAUUCGUGUAUCUUCCCUUUCAUCGCCUUCUUUGGUGCAUUUGCCUUCUUCAUGUACCCGAUUGUGGAUAUUUUGCACCCAACGGCUUUCGCAGACUGGGCUUUGGCCAAAUUCGGCACUCGGUUCCUGGGUCCCAUUGCGAUCAUCCGGAAUUGGACGUUUUGUCUCUUUUACGUCAUGGCAGAGCUGUGGGGUAGCGUGGUGGUAUCUGUGCUUUUCUGGGGUUUUGCGAACCAGAUCACGACAGUAGAUGAAGCCAAGCAAUUCUAUCCCUUGUUUGGGUUGGGCGCGAACGUAGCUCUUGUCUUCUCUGGAAGAACGGUGAAGUACUUCUCACAGCUUCGAACCAAGUUGCCGCCUGGUGUGGACGGGUGGGGUUAUUCAUUGAAGGGAAUGAUGGGACUGGUCGUCAUUCUCGGUUUGGUUAUCGUGGGUAUCUAUUGGUGGACCAAUAAAUAUGUUGUGAAUGAUCCUUCACUACCGAAGGUCGAAGCUCGCAAAAAGAAGUCAAAGCCGAAGAUGGGAAUGGUUGAAAGCGCGAAGUUUUUGUUGACCUCACGUUACAUCCGCGAUCUUGCUACGUUAGUGGUUGCCUACGGUAUUAGUAUCAACUUGGUGGAGGUUACAUGGAAAUCUAAGCUCAAAGCACAGUUUCCCAGCCCUAACGACUAUUCCUCUUUCAUGGGAGACUUUUCAACGUACACCGGAGUAGCCACAUUUAUCAUGAUGUUGCUGAGUCGUUACAUCUUUAGGAAGUAUGGGUGGGGGGUAGCAGCAGCUAUUACACCAACGGUCUUGCUUGUGACUGGAGUGGCCUUCUUCGGUCUGGUACUUUUCAGUACCCCAUUGACGCCAAUGCUUGCUGGCCUUGGGAUGACACCCUUGCUUGCUGCAGUUUACGUGGGAGCUCUUCAAAACAUUUUCAGCAAAAGUGCUAAGUACAGUCUUUUCGACCCUUGCAAGGAGAUGGCGUACAUUCCCUUGGAUGAGGAGACAAAGCUAAAAGGCAAGGCAGCUAUCGAUGUGGUUUGCAACCCGCUUGGGAAGUCGGGAGGUGCUCUCAUUCAACAGUUCCUCAUUCUGGGGUUCGGGUCUCUAGCGUCCUCAACUCCCUACUUGGGGGCCAUUCUGUUGCUCAUUGUACUUCUAUGGUUGGGUGCCGCUCGGUCGCUUGAUGCUCAGUUUACUCCUCUGGUGCAAAAGGACUUGAAGGGCAAGCUUUUGGAAGGAAAAUUGUCCGCCAUUUCUGCUGCAGUUUUGGGUCAAACCCAGGCAAAGAAAGAGGUGAAAUAUCGAUUUGUGAGUGUUCUCAAUGAACAGGGGUUCUUGGAAGGACGUUAUGUCCCCGUUGUUGAAGGGCAAGCUCAACCCCCUGCAGCGCCUUCUGAGACUCAAGUACCGUCCUCAGAAACUUCUCCGUUGUUGGAGACCAACAACAUCGAUGACUCAGCGGCUCAAUCAGGGGAGACUGAUGUGCCAUCUCUGGGAGCAACGCCCACAACGCCUUUGAAGUGAGGUGACAUUUUGUUGAAGACUUCGGUAGUUCAUUGUUGGUUGAACCGCAUGGCGCGUUGAUUGGUUGUUUGUCAACCAGCGCAUUCAUGGCGCGAGUAGUCUGUGCCAGAUUAUUGACACCACACUCUAUUUUGGGUGGCAAUGUGGUAUGUCACGUCUCGGCCUCGAUUAUUAGGAAACACCACGCAUGGAGCCCUUCCUGGUUCCUGAUUUCGCUAGAAUAUGGACUGUCUAAGAGUUCAGACACAAGAUUAUGAAGAAUAUGGUUAGAGUUGCACAUGGACUUUUGUUCGGAGCCCAUUGAUUGCCUGAACAUUGCUCAACCAAAGUUAUCACCUUAUGUGAGUUCUUUUUUCCACUCAAAAUUAUCUCAAUCAUACCUACUUCAGAUUAAAAAGAUGCGUAUUUAGCUCUUAGGGGGAGACUUAUCAUUCAAGGAAAUGCCCAGCCUUGUCCGUCUGGUCAAUCCUGAUUGCAAUCUUUUUCGAUUUGGGAAUUUGCUAGCGCCUGGGGUCUUGCUGA